AAUUCAAAUUCGAUUUGAGUGCACAGAAGAAUCUUUGAAUACCAAUAAAAUAGUUUAUAGAUGGACUAAGGUGGUGGUGUUGAUUGCUUUAAAAAUGACACAUACGAAGUGAGAAAUUGCAAAGAAGCAACGUUGGUGGCGGCUGAAGGGUGCGUUGAAUCUUUGACCAGUUUUAGCAAUCGAGAAAGCAAUUGGGUGUCAAUGGCAAAGAAAGCAGUGAAGUACAGUGUGGUUGACGCGUUCACUGAGUCAGCGUUCAGGGGGAACGCUGCUGCGGUGUGUUUGUUAGAAGAAGAGAGAGACGAGCGGUGGUUGCAAGCAGUUGCCACUGAGUUCAAUAUCUCCGAGACCGCUUUCUUAACUCGCAUCCCCGAGUCACAUCACAACCUUAACUCGCUCCCCGCUGCCUCUAUUCCCCGUUUUCAUCUUAGAUGGUUCACUCCUGUUGCUGAGGUUAAACUAUGUGGUCAUGCCACAUUAGCGGCUGCGCAAACGCUAUUUUCAUCUGGUAUGGUGGAUGCUCCAGUUAUUGAAUUCGAGACUCUAUCUGGACUAUUAACUGCCAAAAAGAUUCCACCCAUCAAUAACACUAGUGCCUCUAACUUGCAAAAGGAUGGGUUUUAUAUCGAAUUGGAUUUUCCUGUUGACCCUGUUUCAGAAUUUGACUGUGAUGAUACUUCACAAAUCUCUGGGGCAUUGGGGGGUGCUUCCAUAAUUGACAUAAAGAAGACACAUAUUGGAGAUGACUUGAUCGUUGUACUUGAAUCUGGAAGAGCUGUCACAGAAUUACAGCCACAAUUUGAUGCAAUAGUUAAAUGUCCUAGAAGGGGGAUAAUUGUUUCUGGGGUUGCUCCUCCGGACUCAGGAUUUGACUUCUAUAGUCGAUUCUUCUGCCCAAAGUAUGGAAUCAACGAGGAUCCUGUUACUGGGAGUGCACAUUGUGCCUUGGCAUCUUACUGGAGCAAGAAGCUAGGGAAGUGUGAUUUCAAUGCUUAUCAGGCAUCAGCCAGAGGGGGAGUUCUCAAUAUUCAUAUUGAUGAACAGAACCAAAGAGUGCUUUUGCGUGGGAAGGCUGUUACCGUGAUGGAAGGGUGUAUUCUGGUCUAGUCAUUUUCUAGUAUUGCAGAAUUUGUAAUUGCACCAACGUAUGUUUCAGAUGACAAUAAUUGUAAUUCAAGUAUUGAACUGUUAUGGUACUUUAUCUCAAAUAAACCUCUGCAUUCGGCAUUGGUGGUUCACGUAUAGGGAUAAAAAUAGGCCACGCUGAAAGGGAUGGUAGCCUAGCUUGACCUUUUUAAUAAAUAAAUUAAGUUUAAAUUUUUUUUAAAGUCUGUAUAAGUAAAUAAAUUAAGUCUGAAUUGUUUAUAAAGUCUGUUAAAUCUGACAGGUUU